AGGAAAAAAAAAAGCCUGACGAUAACCCAGGCACAGUGAUGUGAAAGUGGCAACGUGAGGUGAGCCCGGAGGAGAUGAUUGGACUUAAAACAAGACAGAAGCUAUGAGGGAAUUAUUUUAGAUAAAUAUUUAAAACACAAAAAAAAAUCUAAAAGAUGAGGUUUUAGUUUUAUUUAUGUUUGAAAGGGGGGGAAAAAGACAAAAAAUAUGGUUGGUUUCUUCAUCACCCAGAUCUGAAUACUCUCCUCUGAUUUUGGAUUGUGGAUUGUGACAGCAGGACUCAGGACCCUAACAGAUUUUCCAGGGAUUCACGGGAGAAUUUUGCAUUUCUUUUUUUUAUUUUUAUUUUAUUUAAUUUUUUCUUCGGGUAGUACUCCUCAACCCAGAGCCAAGACGUUGUUCCGCGUAGAGCCGGCUUGCCUCAGUCCGAGCAGCGCGGUCUGUGCAGCGGAGAGGUCGGCACUCGGCGCCUCACGGACCGGCAUCAUGAUGGUCCUCUGCGCCGGCUGCGAGCGGCCCAUCCUGGACCGGUUCCUCCUCAACGUGCUGGACAGAGCCUGGCACGCCAAAUGCGUCCAAUGUUGCGAAUGCAACUGCAACCUCACCGAGAAGUGCUUCUCCCGGGACGGAAAGCUCUAUUGCAAAAUGGACUUUUUCAGGCGCUUCGGAACAAAAUGCGCCGGCUGCCUGCAGGGAAUCUCUCCGAGCGACCUGGUGCGCAAAGCCCGCAGCAAGGUGUUCCAUCUGAACUGUUUCACCUGCAUGGUGUGUAACAAGCAGCUGUCCACGGGAGAGGAGCUCUACGUGAUAGACGAAAACAAGUUCGUGUGCAAAGAAGAUUAUCUGAGCUCCGGGGCCAUUAAGGAAGUCAACCUGAACUCAGUCUCGUCGUGCACAGAUAGGAGUUUAUCACCGGAUCUCCAGGACCCGAUACAGGACGACAUAAAGGAGACGGACAAUUCCACGUCCUCAGAUAAGGAAACGAACAAUAUUGAGAACGAGGAGCAGAACUCGGGGGCCAAACGGCGGGGGCCCCGGACCACCAUCAAGGCCAAGCAGCUGGAGACGUUAAAGGCGGCGUUCGUGGCGACGCCGAAGCCGACGCGGCACAUCCGGGAGCAGCUGGCGCAGGAGACGGGGCUGAACAUGCGAGUCAUCCAGGUUUGGUUCCAGAACAGAAGAUCCAAAGAGCGGCGAAUGAAGCAGCUGAGCGCUCUGGGGGCCCGACGCCACGCCUUCUUCAGGGGCCCCAGGAGGAUGAGACCUCUAGGAGGCAGACUGGAGGAUCCAGACAUUUUAGGACCGGGGCCUUAUGGUUACUAUGGAGAAUACCAAGGCGACUAUUACGGACCAGGGAGUAACUACGACUUCUUUCCCCAUGGCCCCCCCUCCUCACAGGCUCAGUCUCCGGCUGAGUCCCCCUACAUCCUGACUUCUGGGCCAGGAGCCAUAGAGGGAUCGGGCCACCACCCAUCAGAUGACCAAAGGUACACGGACAUGAUUUCUCAUGCGGAAACCCCAAGCCCCGAACCGGGCCUACCGAGCUCCCUUCAACCGGUCCCGGGGGACGCAUACGGGGGUGGACCCAGCCCCCCUUUCUCUUUGGCCAGUAACUCCAGCUACAGUGCUCCGAUGUCCCACCAGGGCCAGGAGAUGGGGGAAACAGCCGCCUGGUGAAAGGACAAAAACAAAAACCAGGGACCAACAAUGGGCUGAAUCUCUGCCCAGCUAAUUCAGGAGACAUACCAACGUCAGAAGGGGAAAGUACUGCUGAUAUUUCUAAGGUUAACCUUCUAAAAACUAUAGGCUAAUCUUAACGACCUCAGAACUAAUGGAAAGAAUGAAAUAACAAGCAGGAGAAAGAAAUUUCGCUGCAUGGUAGACACUACAAAGCAUUUCCCUCGUUGGGCACUGGACUGAAUAAGAGAUUCCAUCCAGCAGAAAUGCUUCUCGCCUUCCCCUUAUCUUCUAAUGCUCUAGGAACACAUUAGUAAGAAACACCAAAGGGGACAUGUCUAGUUUUCCUAAUUUCACACUGCAUUUAAAAAAAAA